AUGAAGUUCUCGUCAUUCUUCGUCUCUCUGGCGCUGGGCGCCCUCCAGGCCGCUGCCGCACCUGCCGAGCUUGCUGCUCGGGCACCAACUCUCUUCCUCUGUGGCGACAGCACCAUGGCCCGGAGCAGCGACGCUCAGAUGGACGGCUGGGGCCAGUACGUCGGCAAGUACCUGAAUAUCGCCGUCGUCAACCGGGCCAUCGGCGGCCGCUCGUCGCGCUCCUUCUGGAACGAGGGCCGCUUCCAGAGCGUCGCCAACGAGGUCAAGGCCGGCGACAUCGUCGUCAUCGAGUUCGGCCACAACGAUGUCGGCUCGCCCCGCUCCAACGAUAACGGCCGCUCCGUCUGCCCCGGCGAGGGCACAGAGACCUGUAUCUCCGACAAGACUGGCGAGACCGUCUACACCUUUGUCUUCUACGUCAUCCAGGCCGCCAGGCUCAUGACGGCUAAGGGUGCCACCGUCAUCCUCAGCUCGCAGACCCCCAAGAACCAGUGGGCCACCGGCACCUGGGACGGCACCCCUUCCCGCUUCGUCUCUAUGCAGCAGAAGGCUGCCGCCGCCCUCAACACCCCCGCCGUAACCUUCGUCGACCAUCACCAGGCUGUAAGCAACAUGUACCGCAAGCUCGGCUCUUCAGCGGUCCGCGCUCUGUACAUCAAGGACAACACCCACACCAGCCCCGCUGGCGCCGACCUCAGCUCUCAAGCGUUCGUCCAGGCCAUCUACCAGAAGAUGAACGGCGCCACCAGCCUCGCUCCCUACGUCAAGACACCAGUCAAGAUCGUCUACUAA